AUGCAGCCUUCAUAUCGAUCCGCAUCCCGGGCCACGGACACAGUUUCAUCCUACUUCUCAAGCUCGGUGCCGCCUGAAUCGCCCCCCUAUCGACGAGACCUUACUCAAGGCAGACAAGGCAGUGAAGGUGCCAUCGAGAGCGAGUACGGCGGUCAGUCCCGGUACUCUCCGUCCAUUGCCAGCUCCAGGCCCAGCACCGCCCUCAUCACAGGUUCGACGACCACUUCACGCCCGACAACUCCCUCGCGCCGCUCUCGAAGUGGUGCCACGCCUUCUAUCCUUGGGCAGAGUGAAUCCCACGAUGUCGUGUGCGCAGUUAGUGAAGCCCGUAGCGUUGCUCCUACAGUGGGCAUUGCUACAGUCAACCUGUCUCUCGGUGAAGUUACCCUCAGCCAGAUUUGUGACAACCAAUCCUAUGUGAAGACGAUCCACAAACUGCAACUGGCCUCUCCUUCUCGCAUAGUCUUCAUGCCGUCAGCCUGCUCCCCCAACGAGCCAAGCACAUUGUUCGCUCUGGUUCAACGACUGAUACCUGAAGCGGAAAUAUCGUCCCAUGACCGCUCGGCCUGGUCUGAGACCGCGGGCAUCGAGUUCAUAGAACACCUUGCCCCGGAGGGUGAUGUUGGGCCGAUCAAGGUGGCUAUCCAAGGAAAAUACUAUGCUGUCUGCUGUUUCUCUGCCGCUAUGAAGUACAUCGACCAUCAAUUUAGCAUUAGCUUCUCUCCCCAAUCGCUGCGCAUUCGAUACCAGCCUUCCGAAGACACAAUGAUGAUUGACAUAUCUGCUAUGCAAUCAUUGGAGGUGAUGCGAAACCUCAAGUCUGCCAAGUCAAAAGAAUGUUUGUUUGGACUGUUGAAUCACACGCUGACCCCAAUGGGCUCCCGUGUACUUCGCAACAAUAUGCUGCAGCCGCCAACCGAUUUUGAUGGCUUCAUCAAGACACGGUACGAUGCACUCGAAGAGAUGGUCACUAAUGAAGAGAUGUUCCAUGAAAUCCGCAAAGGUAGGAAAUACACUUGGGAUGUCAUCAAACUAGCUACGCAGCUGGUAACUAUUCGGAAAACUACUGGGGUAUUCGCAGUCGAAGAGCAAAUUACCCACAUACUCAUGAUCAAAUCAUUCCUGGAAUCGGUGCCGGAGCUUUACAGAGCUCUUCACCCGGCGAAGAGUGACCUGCUCAUCAAAAUACGGAAUCUCUGCCGUCCCGAGACGACCGUUCCCAUCUUGCUUGGCAUCAGAAAAGUGAUUGAAGCCGAUGUCACGUACAUGAAGUCGCCGCUUGACCAACGCAAUCAGAGGGCAUUUGCAGUCAAAUCUGGCAUCAGUGGCAUGUUGGAUGUCGCUCGUCAAACAUACAGAGAACUCACCGAAGUUAUACAUGCACACUCAGCUGAAGUCAGCGAAGACUACCGUGUGGCGGCAAGCCUGAAAUUUGACAACCGGCGCAUGUACUGGUUCCGUAUUCCUACCGCUGAUCUUGACAUUGAAUCUAUACCGCCAGAAUUUAUCAAUGUGAUCCCGAAGAAGAAGCACAUCGAAUGCCAGACCCUCGAUCUGGUCAAGCUAAAUCAGCGACUGUUGGACACCUCGAACGAGAUCAUCAUGCGGAGCGACGCUGCCAUUCGUGACCUUGUCAAAGAACUCCGACGCCAAGUGCCGCCUCUCUUCCGAGUGUGUGAGUCGAUUGCGCUCGUGGACAUGAUUUCGUCCUUUGGCCAAGUUACCACCACACGGGAUUAUGUGAGGCCUGGAAUAGAAGAUACCUUGGCUCUAAAGGCAGCAAGACAUCCUAUUCUAGACAAGAGAAUGGCGAGCGAAUACGUGCCCAAUGAUUACUAUGCCAGUCAACAUCAUCGUUUUCAUUGUGUCACGGGGUGCAACAUGAGCGGCAAGAGCACAUACAUACGAUCGGUAGCUCUACUUCAAAUCAUGGCUCAGAUCGGAUGCUUCGUCCCAGCAGAAUUCGCAACUUUCCCCAUCAUACACAACAUCUUUGCUCGUAUCUCUGCCCAAGACAACAUAGAGGCGAAUCUCUCAAGCUUUGGAGUGGAAAUGAGAGAGAUGGCCUUCAUCCUAAAGAACAUAGACAACAAGAGCCUCGCCAUCAUUGACGAAUUGGGCCGUGGAACCAGUGUCAGAGACGGAAUGGCAAUUGCCAUGGCAAUUUCCGAGGCGCUGAUAGACACUGGAGCGUCUAUAUGGUUUGCAACCCACUUCGUCGAGCUAGCUCGAAUACUGGCGGAUUACCCCGGAGUCCUCAACCUCCAUCUUGCAUCCGAUACCUCGGUUGGUGAAGGGGGAAUUCCUCAGCUGACAAUGCUCUAUAAUGCCACCGCAGGUAUUGUUAACGAUGAGCACCACUAUGGUAUUGCUCUGGCUCGCGCCAUUGGAAUGCCAGACAGCUUCAUUAAAUUCGCAGAGCAUGUUGCAGACGAUUUGCGGAAGCGGCGAGAAUCGAGCCGGCAGAGCUCUGAGUAUUAUAAGGAGAAGCAGCGAGACAAACUUGUGCAGAAUCUUUACGAAGCCCUAGAAGAAGCCAAGAAAUCUUUGAAUGGGGAGGCUCUCCCUGGCUACCUCAAGCGGCUCGAGGAGGAAUUCAAUUUACGUUUACAGGAGAUUGACGAGAUGUGA